CCAGCCCCGCCCCGACAGGGCCCCGCCCCCAUCGACUCAGGAAGGCCAACGGUUUCCAUGGCUCAGGCCCGAAUCGAGACUGUCCUCCAGCCCGCGUACCUCACGCCCGCUCCUUCCCCUCGGGCGCUGGGGGGCACCGCGAGACUCCCACUGUCGCAGCCUCGCCAGCUGGGUCCUCCUAGGCAACCUCCAGCUCUCUUGCGCGGAGCCCGGCUCCAGGGGCGGCGCGUGCGCAGAGGGCUUCCCGCGUCACAGUCUCUUGGGUACACGGGCGGCCGCUGCAAGGGACGGCGCCGCUGGUGUAGUGGUAUCAUGCAAGAUUCCCAUUCUUGCGACCCGGGUUCGAUUCCCGGGCGGCGCAGCUCAUUUUCUUUUUUCCCACUUGAACAAUGAACUCUCGCUAACGCCAGAGAUUUAUAAAGGAAAGAAAAUCGGAAACCAAGGGAAGGCGCCCAGUCUGGCGCAGCGCUGACACAUUUCGGAGAGUGACAGGUGCCGUGAAAACCGUGGACGGCUAUGGGCGACAGGGUCCCUGAGCUGAGGCGCCUGUAAACCAGCAAGUCAAGCUCGCCGUCCAGUCCUCUGCCCGGGGCCGCCACCCACCGCCGAGCCGCACCCCACCGUGCCUCUGGCGGCUGCGGGUGCUUUCACGAGAGGCGCGCGUGCUCCUGGGAGUUGUAGUUUAUCAACUCCCGACACGCCCCGCGGCAUCUGGACUACAGCUCCCGACGUGCCCCGCGGGAGCCCGGCCACCGCCCCCGACGCGACCAGUGCAGUGUCUGCAGCUGGGAGGGGUUGCGGCCGCGAUGCUGGUGGCAGCGGCUGCGGAGCGGAACAAGGAGCCAAUCCUGCACGUGCUACGGCAGUACCUGGACCCCACCCAGCGCGGCGUCCGCGUACUCGAGGUGGCCUCGGGCUCCGGCCAGCACGCGGUGCACUUCGCGCGGGCCUUCCCCCUGGCCGAGUGGCAGCCGUCGGACGUGGACCAGCGCUGCCUGGACAGGGGCUCUUCAGAGCAGCAGGACACCUGCUCAAACCCAGAGCCCUGCUCAUCGCCUAUGGGGAACCCAGAAUGGGGCCUUCGGGACACAGCCCUUCUGGAGGACCUGGGACAGGCCAGUGGCCUGCUCCUGGAGAGGAUGGUGGACAUGCCAGCCAACAACAAGUGCCUGAUCUUCCGGAAGAACUAAGCCCCUCCUUCAUCCCACACACCUGCAUCCCUGCCGGAGGCUCUGUGGGGCACAAACCCUGCCUCCCUAGGUUGGGCCUUGUGGACAACAGCCCUACCCAGUCUGCACUCUCAGCCGGUGGCUGAAAGUCCCAGCCUGCUCAGAAUAAAGCAUCUCCUGCUGCCGGC